UCAAAUCUUCAACGGAUAGUUUACACUUUUGUCGCGGACGAGGAAUGUGAGGUAAAUUGUGCUGUCGUAACAAACGUGAAAUUGUAAGAAUUGUACUAUAGUGAGAAGUUGUUGUGUCUCGAGAAUUGUUCUGUAAGUAAACGUUCAAGAUGAACGAUAUACGUAACAUUAAGAAGGAGAAGAAUCAGCAUAUACAGGUCUUUGCACGUGUCAGACCAAUAAAUAAUAGUGAGAAAGUUGGGAAAUCAGUUUCCGUAUUGGAGUUACCAUCUAAUAAAGAAGUAGUGGUACGUGAAAGGCCAUUGGAUAAGCAUUCCAGAAAGUUUACAUUUGACAAAGUAUUUGGACCUACAUCAAAACAGAUAGAUGUAUAUAAUGCAGUCGUUAAUCCAUUGCUUGAAGAAGUUUUGGCCGGAUACAAUUGUACAGUAUUCGCUUAUGGCCAAACAGGAACAGGCAAAACAUUUACUAUGGAAGGUGUUAGUAAUGAUCCAACAUUGCAUUGGCAGAGUGAUACAUCAGCUGGAAUUAUACCACGUGCGUUGAGUCACUUGUUUGAUGAGUUACGUUUGUUGGAAGUACAAGAAUUCACAGUAAGAGUCAGCUUCUUAGAAUUAUAUAAUGAAGAAUUAUUUGACUUAUUAUCUCCCAGUGAUGAUGCAUCAAAAAUAAGAUUAUACGAAGAUGCUACAAGGAAAGGUUCAGUGAUCAUUCAUGGAUUGGAGGAAGUAACUGUGCACAACAAGAAUGAAGUUUACAAGAUUCUAGAGAAAGGAUCAGAAAGAAGACAAACAGCUGCAACUCUGAUGAACGCUCAUUCAAGCCGUUCUCAUACAGUAUUUUCGAUUACUAUUCAUAUAAAAGAGAACAAUAUGGAUGGGGAAGAACUCUUGAAGACAGGAAAAUUAAACUUGGUAGACUUAGCUGGGAGUGAGAAUGUUGGGAGGUCUGGUGCAGUUGACAGGAGAGCGAGAGAAGCUGGAAACAUCAAUCAAUCCUUAUUAACCCUUGGUCGAGUUAUAACUGCACUUGUUGAGAGAGCACCUCACAUACCAUAUCGGGAAUCAAAAUUAACAAGACUUCUGCAAGAAUCAUUAGGUGGACGUACGAAAACAUCAAUUAUUGCAACGGUGUCACCAGCGAGUAUAAAUCUUGAAGAGACAUUAUCAACAUUGGAUUACGCUCAUCGAGCUAAAAAUAUUACAAAUCGCCCUGAGAUUAAUCAGAAAUUGUCUAAGAAAGCAUUACUUAAAGAAUAUACAGAAGAAAUCGAGAGACUCAGGAGAGAUUUGUUAGCGUCACGUGAACGGAAUGGUGUAUAUCUGGCGCAAGAUAAUUAUAAUGAGAUGCAAUCCUUGAUUGAAAAUCAAAGCAAGGAAAUUGAAGAGAAAAUAUCGCACAUUAAAGUGCUCCAAGAAGCUAUGGAAGCUAAAGAGCAAAUAUUCAAUGAGUUACAAACGAAGCAUGUGGAGCAAGCUAAUCAACUACAAGAUACUGAAGAGUUAUUAGAAACCACCACACAUGCUUUGAAUUCAACUACCGUACGCUUACAAAUGACGGAACGUGAGAAAGAAGAACAAUCCCAUUUAGUAGAGAAACAUGUGUCCACUGAAAAACAGCUCUUCUCGCAAGCACAAGCGCUUUUAACUGUUGCUGAUGCGGUGACAGUUGACGUAAAUAAGCUUCAUGACAAAAUUUCUCACAAAAGACAAUUGGAACAAGAAAACGAACAUCUCGGUCAUCAAUUCCGAUGUAAUACUGCCAAACAAUUUCAGGAAGUUGAAAAUAAUCUUUCAUUUUACACACAAGAAUUUAGACAAUUUUGCGACUCUAGAAAAAACGAAAUUGAUGCACAGGUGAAAUUGUACAAGGAAGAUAUAGAUUCGAUGAUACAACAUAUGACCAAUGAUAUCGUUAAUAAAGAAAAACCUUUACUAGAUAACUUUAUAACGAACAUGGAUAAGUUGCAUGAAGAUUAUCAGCAACGAUUAGAUACAGAAAUUGAACAUUCAUCAAAUAUGAUUGAUCGUGAAUGUAAAUUUCUGAAUGACAUAUCAUCGAGCCUAGCAGCAAAAAUUAGCGAUUUGAUACAAAAUGAAAUUACGAAGAACUUACAGCUUUUAAAUGAAGACGUAACUCAAAAAUUGGACAAACUGUUAACAUACAUGAAAGAAUCAAUAAGUCAGCUUUAUAACUAUAAACUGCAGGAACGAGAAAGUUUAUAUAAAAGCAUAUCAAAGGUUAAAGAGAAUAUACAAACUGUUUGUGAAGGUGAUUCCAAAAUUAUGGGAGAGCAACAAAAGUUUAAAAAAUCAUUCGAAGAUUUAUGGUUACAAUUCAACAAGUUAAAUGAGAAUAUGAGUGAAAAUUAUUCGUCAGCAUGUUCCACAUUAAGUCGUGUUAAUGUAUUUUGCGACAGUACAAAUAACGAAAUUCUCGCUAAUUAUGAAAAAUUUGUUGAAAGAAACUCGACCAUGCAAGAGAAAAUUCAGAACGAUAUAUGUACACUCAAGGACGAUAUUGGAUCUAGCAUGGAAAAGAAUUUGACAUUAGCGGAAGAAGUCGUGAUUCGAGGCCGUAGUGCGAUCGAUGAGCUUGAAACUGAUUUAACCAAUAAUUGUGACACAAUAAUGAAGAACAAACUGCAUGCCGUAGAAAAUAUGAAACAACUGAAGGAUAAGUUGAAGGAAGAUAAGGCCACCUCUACUGCAACUGUCAAAAAUAUCUAUGAUAUAUUAUUACAAGGAAGUGAGGACCACAUGAAGCUUCUGGAGAAUCUAAGAAACCGGAAUACACUAAUAUCUACGGAUAUGAGCGACAAGAUCAGUACUCAAAAUAAAAAUUCGGCCGAAUGGUACGAUAACAUUGUCACGCAAUUGCGCUCGAUACAACAAAAGGUCGAGAAGUUCUUGCUUGAAGAUGUACGGCGUGAUACGCCAACCGGUUUAACACCUGCGAGGAAAGAAUACCAAUAUCCGCGGCAUAUUGUUGCAACGUCGCCGCAUGAGCGAAUUAUUCAGAGGUUCAGAGAAGCUAGAAGUUAUGUCAAUGCUUCUGAUGAUGAGGUAGAUAUAAAUGAAACAUCAUUGGUCAAUAACAAUUCGCCGAAGAAACAAUGUCCGAACGCGAAUUAAGCAUUUCAUCUGACAAUCGCCUGCAUUUUAUACUCACAGUAGAAGUUAGUUUACGUUAGAUUUAUCAUGGGAUAUAACGACAUUUGAUAUAACACGAUGUAAGCAGUGUGAAUAAAUGGUUGACAAACGAUUUUUAUAGCAUCACAUUGAUUAAUUUGUAAAC